AUGCUUUCAAGGAGGGUUGCUCUGUUGCGGUUACGAAGUGUUCGUUGCAUGAUGGUAGCCGCAUCAGAGCGACCAAGGGAUCGACCAAAAUUGACUCCAUUGAUGGAUAAAAGGAGCCCAGGAGUGAGAAAGGUAAUAGCGUCUUUACCUGCUGAGCAUGUGCGACUCCAAAACAGACAUCGUGAUGCUCUGGAGAGUAAUAGGGCAGAAUCUCUCCAAGAAGUUAUUGAACAAAUUGAAUGGCGUGGCAUCGUUUUCAGUCAAAUACCUGAAAAGGUUGCCAAAUUACUCAGAGAUCCGAAAGAAGAUCUAACAUUGCUGUCGGACCGUCAGAUAGCUGUACUCCUUUCUACUUUCGGUAAUGCCUGUGAAUCAGUCAGUCGCUCGCGAAGAGGAGAACUUCUAAGAGAGGCUUUGGAAACCCUUAAACAUAGAGGCGUUCCUCUCUUAUUGCUGUCUCGAAAUGCUGCUCUUUCUGCACGCGUCGACAAUGGAGAAAAUGUUAAUGUCAUCGAAGAGUUAAGUGCAUGGGAUGCUGAGAACUUGGCUCCGGACAAAGAAACUUAUGGGCAAUUGUCGAGAGUUUAUGCUCGUUCAGGAAAUACACAGGCGAUUAUAGACAUUAUUAAUCACAUGAAAUCAAUUGGAUUGCAAAUAUCACCAACAAUUCUGAAAUCGCUCAUUUAUUCAUUGGCCAAAAGCGGACAUUACACCCAAGCGGAAACAUUUGUGGAGAAAUUCCUUGCUUCUGCCGACGAAGUUCUCCUUCGUACCGCCAUUGCCAGAGCUGCCGUGGCUCGUGGCGAUUUUUCGGUUGCACUCAACACCAUAGCUUCAAUACCAAUCCGGGCUAAAUUAGAGCAAAUUACAAACAACAAGUUGGUAUUACAAGUUUUGUUCGAUAUGUUGGAUGCUGGAGAAAUGAAUGCUGUUGAAAAGCUAUCUCCCUAUCUGGCUAUGACUCCCGAUGGAACGUCGCUGAGUGAAUGGCAUGUAAAUCCGGCAGUUUUAGCACGUUCACGAUGCGCUUGUUCUGAAGGGAAACUCGAGAAUGCGCUCAAACUCUACGGGUUGCUUCAUCCGAAGUUCAGAAAUAGCAAUUUCGAAUCAACACUUUUGGAUUCCUUAGGCGAUCGCUUGAAGGAUAGCAACCAUACGAUAGAUGAUAUUUUUGGUUUGGCUAGAUCAAUGGAAAAAAUUGGGUUAACGAAAGAUCACUACUUACUUUUGCUGGAGAAAUCGAUCAAUAGUCCUCGUACACAUGAGGUGCUCUCAGUAGUUCAGUCGCGAGAUCAAUUGGAAAGAUGUCUUAUAGAGAAACCCUCUUUGAGAAAAGGGCUUGCGAGAAAGCUAAGUGAAAAACUUACCAGCACUAAGUUGAAGAAGGAACAACGUGUUGCCAUUUUGGCUGAUAUAGCAACUGUGCUGUUCUCCUACGACAGUGAGCGACCUUUUCAAGAUGUACUAGCUGUCUAUCCAGUUAUUUACGCUCUAGGUGGAAAAGAUGUUGACCUUGCAAUUCCUGCACUGGCGAUGAUAAAACAACCUCAUGUGCGUAAGGAGUACUCUACAGCAUUAGUGCAGCAAUUAUUGAGAAAGGGUGAUCCGUUGGCUGAAGAAAAGCUCGAGAAACUGCUCGGAAGUGGUGCUAUACAGUCCUUGAGUGCAGGCCGUGUCCAGAAGCAAAUCUCAGGACUCGUGUUGAAUCGCGACAAAAAGGAAGGAGAGUCUGAUAAACGACAGCUUAAUCUGGCUGCGCGAUUAAUUGCUCUCAGUUUCCCAGCCGAAAAUUCCAAGGCGAGGGCAACCACUGCUUCUAAAUACGUCAUCUUACAACUUCAGUCUGAGCUUCUUUCCGUCGACCGUGCUCGAAAACUCGUCAGCUUUAUGGAGAAAGAGCCGCGAAUUCGACUAUCGAGCGAUGAAAUUAGCCUAUACAAAAAAGCUCUUCAAGAAAAAGGUCAGAAGGAAAAGGGAGAGCUUCUUGGAAGAUUGAGAAAGAAAAGUCAAACUUAUGCUCGGUGGUUGGAGUCAUCUGUUGAGGAACUUGAAGAGGAGCUUGCACAUAUUCGUGAAAAACCCGACGCCAAACCCGCCGUAGUGAAGGCGAUGCAUGAAGUCAUUUUAAAGAAAGUAUCCUCUGAAAAGCCUAUUAACUACGAACGCGUUGAGCGUCAACUUCGCCUUGUCAAAGAAAACGCUAGCUCUUCAUCCUCCAGAGUUUCUGACUUAGCUAUUCAAAUAUUCUCUUCUUCUCUAACGGGAGCGCUGUUGGAGCGCAAGCUUGAUGUUGUGAAGAAUUUGUGGGAGAUUCGAAUGUGCACACCUUCUGUGGAGAACGCCCUUACGUAUAUUUCCUACUUGUUUUUGACAGGUUCUGUAGCGGAAGCUGAUACUGUAUGUGAAGACCUUAGGCAAUCUGCACAGACAAUUACGGCUACAUCACUUCAGACGGUUGGCGAUCGUUUAGGCGAUAGCUGGAGCAUUGAUAAAAUGCGUCAACUUUCGCAGUAUUUGCAAACAAAGUUCAAUCUCGGCACACAGCAGUUGUUGCGGAUUAUUGCCUGUGUGAGGUUGCGACAGCUAGAGAGAUUAAUAGACGCUGGAAAAUUGGACGAGGCAUUACAGUUAGUGGUUGAGCAUUCAGUGGAAUCAAACAGCGCAUUCGGUCAAUAUCAACUGGCAGCAGCCGCAGUACGGACGGAAAACAUGGGCGUUCUAAAAGGUGUUUUUGAUGUUGUGAAGCGAACCCAUGGCAAAGAAGUUGCAUUUCUCGAUCUUGCUUUGGUACUUUUAGAGGAAGGUCGAACAGAACAAGCUUUGAAGUUACUGGAUACACCACAGUUGAAGAUUUCCCAAGGAAAGCUAGAGUAUUUUGUGAGGCGUGCUGUAGAUAACAACAGGCCCGACGUUUUGCGUGGCCUUUUCACUGGUCUUUCUCAACACGAUCGAGUAUCAACUGUAGGAUUGAACAAACUGUUGCUGCAGCUUAGCAGGAUGUAUUAUAAAGCUAAUGAUUUACGCUCAUUGGAGAGCUUAGAAGAAGAUAUUAAACGGAUGUCUUUCCCCUUAGAACAGCAGAUGAGGACAGUGUUUGACAACUUACGGCAUAGGAAACUAGAUGGCAACGCUGACAAUCAGUAG